CCCACUUCAGUAUUCUGGCCUGGAGAAUUCUAUGGACUGUAUAGUCCAUGGGGUAGCAAAGAGUCGGGCACGACUGAGCGACUUUCGCUUCACUUCACAACUCCGGCUUCUUCUCUUCCUCCAGAAAACCUUUCGAGACCACCCGGUCUCGGCCAAACAGCCUCCCGUCGCAGCCACUACUCUCUCCAGUUCCCACACUCCCAAACCCUCGAUCGCCCACGCCCGCUGCCAAAGAAAAACAAUCCAGAAGCAGACGGCCCCUGAGCACCCAAGUGUCACUUUACCUCGACCAUGGCUCUGCCGUCUAUACAGGCGCUCCAGCAGGGAAGAAGCAGUACUCAGGAGAACAGGACAGAAACCGCCGCCACCACAGCUCAGCCCCUUCCGGAAUUGCGCUUCCUGGGCCGGAUGUGACGCAAGGCUCCGCGCAGGCGCGCGGGGCGCUCGCAGGCCUUCCGGGGUGAAGCGACGGGCUCUUCUCCGGCCGCCUCUGGGGAGGAGCUUCUGGACAGCAAAGCGGAAGGUAGACUCUGCAGUUUGCGAUCGUUGUACCUAUAUUUCUAGAUCUUGUCAUCAGAGCACCUGCUUUAAGAGGGAGAAAAAUCUAUCAAAGUAUAGCAAUAGUGUGUAUUCUUCUAAGAAAGUCUGUCAGUCAUGUACGACUCUUUGUGACCGCAUGGACUGCAGCACACCAGGCUCCUCUGUCCAUGGGGAUUCUCCAAGCAAGAAUACUGGAGUGAGUUGCCAUGCCCUUCUCCAGGGAAUCUUCCCAACACAGGGAUUGAACCCAUGUCUCUGGCUUUGAAGGUGGAUUCUUUACCAUCUGAGCCACCAGGGAAACCCAAUGAAUGAGAUGUAAAUUUGGAAUAAUUCAGCCAAUUAUUUUUCUUAUUUUAAACUCAAUACUUUGAUUCUAUAAAUCUGAGUUAAAAAGCUUUAGGAAUGCAACUUAAGCUAUCCAGAGAAGAAAGAAAUUUAAUGUUUCUCAUUCCAUUAUCAGCAGUCCGUUUUCAAGCAUUGUUUAAAACAUACUCUUCAGAUCCAAACCUGGGUCUUUUUAAUAAAAUCACUUAAAAUUGAAUGACAAAGUUUUCACUUUCCAUACCAAAAAACCCAGAAAAUGCUGUAAAGCAGCACACUUGCUAGGAUUUACACCGUUGGCUUUGGUUUUCCUAUUGAUUCUUGUAAGAGUUGUUAAUCCUGAUUGCAAAAAAAAAAAUGAAAAGAUAAGAGAGAUGCAUUUGUUAG